AGAGCUGAAAAGUUUGAAUCGGAGUCGCUCCGUAGUCGAACUGACCGACUGGCCAUGUCGAACUUAAUUCUCGGAUCGACCAGAAUAACACAUGACGAACUUAAUUGAUAAAAACGUCUAUCUCGUCAUGUACUAAAUUGGGGCUAUUAGAUUCGGCUCAUGAAAAGUUCGACGUUUGAACUGAGCCCAAGAUAUUUGUUUUCGACACAUUACCCAAUUUGUCACUGGUUUUACCGUAAAAAAAGAUAUAACUAAAGGAAUUCGAACAUAAUAAAUUACCUUUUGUACCAGAUGACUUUUAUUCAACGUUUCUCUAAGCAUUUAGCACGCACACAGUGACAUUGUUGUUGUUUUUUGUUUGUUUUUUUUAACUUGGCAGGCCAAUGUCAACGAAUAAGGAUCCCAUUAUGUCAAAAUAUGCCGUACAACUUAACUCAGUUUCCAAACUUGCUAAAUCACCGAACUCAGUACAAAGCCAUUGCGGUCGUGGAGGAGUUUAGAGCAGUUGUGUUUAGUAAGUGCUCUCCUCUCUUCCGACCUUUUCUCUGUUCCGUUUUGGCACCUCCUUGUGAUGGGUACCGGAAGACUACUCCUCCCUGCCAGGAGCUGUGCCUUAAAGCUGUCAGAAGUUGUAGGCAUCUUCUAACCAAGCACAAGAUCACAUUGCCAUCUGCCAUGCGGUGCUGGCGUUUACCAAAGGAGGGCCCGUCAAAAUGUUUGAAUCAAUUAUCUGUUCAAAGAGUCUCACCAUGUCAAGAGCUACAAAAUCACCAAUGCGCGAAUCACCUUCCACCACCCCACCGCGUCCAGUUUCCAAACUACUUCGGUCACAUGAGCGGAAAGGAGGCUCGCGCUGGCUUUGGGCAUUUUGAUCGAAUCUUUCAGAUUGCUUUUCCUGGUGACGACUGCUCGUUUCUGUUGUCGCAUUUCCUAUGCAGGCUUUACACACCUCCCUGUAGGACGACCGCCCUGCCGUUACCACCUUGCAGAGAGUUGUGCCUACAGGCUAAAUCACGACGCAAGCGUAUCAUUGACCACCUUGGCUUUCAAUGGCCAGCCGAUCAUAAAUGUAUUCAAUUUCCAAGAAAACACGAGGCACCCUGCUACAGCGGACCGUUAACUGGAGAAGAGAUCAGGUUAUCACAAACAGGAAAAUGCCAGGUGUUGUCGAUUCCCCUAUGCAAGAAUGUCCCAUACAGCACGACAGUGUUCCCAAACGUAUUCCAGCACAAGACGCAAAAUGAGGCUUCGAUCGAAGUUCAUCGAUGGUGGCCGCUGGUGGAGAGGGAGUGUUCAGCGGACUUAUCGUUCUUUUUGUGCUCGCUUUACGCUCCUCCCUGUACGAUUCUGGACACUUCCCUACUACCAUGCCGAGAGCUCUGCCUUCGAGUUCAGCGAGGAUGUUUACCUGCGUUAGACUACUUAUAUCACUCACGGUGGCCAGAGAGCCUGAAUUGCGAAAGGUUCCCUCGUGGGGGUGAGGAAGUGUGUAUCGAUAGGCCCCAGAAUAGAUCCCAAGUCACUGUUACACCGGCUUCAGGUCCCGCUACAGGGCGAUGUGAGCCUCUGACCAUUGCCGUGUGCAGCAGUCUGCACUACAAUAUGACGUUGGUUCCCAACACCUUCAACCAUCGAACACAACAAGAGGCAGCCUCUAACAUUCACCCGUUCUUUCAGUACUCGCCUCAUGGCAACUCACUUUGGAAUGAUUGCUCACCGGAGCUGCCCCUCUUUGUGUGCUCCCUGCACGCCCCUCCCUGCGGUGUACCACGCAAGCUUUGCAGAGAGCUUUGCGAUCGAGUUCGAAAUAGCUGCCUCCAUCAACUGCAAAAACACGGUUAUUCUUGGCCGGAAAAUAUGGCUUGUAAUAAAUUACCAACUGCAGGGAAUGAAGCUGACUGUAUUGGGGCAUCACAACACUAUGUUACUCCUACUACUAUUCCAAUCCCACAAGAGUACUGUUAAGUUCAAUAGUGGAAACGUAAUUGAAUUCCGUUGAGUUUGCUGAGUUAGCACAAUUCAAAACUGAGCAUGCGAUUUUGCGUCAUUUUUAUUUCCUUCUGUCUAGUUAAGCAUGGAAUAUAGUAAAUUGCACGGGUCUUAACUCUUUUUAUAGGACUGUUUCAGGACACAUGAGAAAGCUGAAUUAAGCUAUGGGCAUAUACUCCUUGUCCAUUUUGCCGCCUCUAUACUGGUGGCAGUAGCAUUUGUUCAGCAAUAUAAUAUAUAGAUUUAUUAGCCAACCCUAAAAGCGGAACUCCUGACUGCAAUAAGUUAACCAUAUAAAGGAAAAAAUGAUUUGUUUUUCUUAACCAGAGACUCAAAAAAGGUCAACAAUGGGCCAGGGGUUAAUUCGCGCCGAAAUUUUG